AAGCGUCUCGUACGUAAAUUUUCUUAUUGAAUUGAAAAAUGUGAUAGAAGUGCGUUUUGUUGAAUUAUUUAUACCGGAUAAUUGGCAUUUUCUUAUUGUUUAAUUGAUUAUUGUUUUAAAGGUUGGCAUCGUUCUAGCCAACGGUUUUUUUUUAGUUUAUUUGUGAAAUUUUGAAUCUGUUGACUGCAAAAUGGUCAGAGGUCGUAGAGUAAGGGCUGUUGUAGCAUGUAGUCGUAAUGAUGACUGCUGCUCUCCAAAUCCGAAGAGGAAAGAUCAAAAAAUUAAUAUUACAGGAAAAUUAUCCCAUACCCCAACCAAAACGCACACAAUAACUGAAUUCUUUCAGGCUGUAUGCGAUAUAGACAUAAAAAACACGGAAAAUAAUGAAAUCAAAGAGCUGAGAAGGGCUCGCAGAAAAGGUACCCCAACAAAAUUGGAUUUAAACAAGGUAGAACCCACUGAAGUGUUGUACAAGAGUUUCAACAACGAGUUAAUAUUGAACACCUGCCCGACAACGCCAGUAAUGAACAAGUUAAGGAACGGUAAAGAUGUUUCCUCCCCUCCAACUCCUCACAGAAUUGAGUUGCGAUCAGAGGUUGUGGAGGAAAUAAAGGAGGAGAUUUUGGCGGAGCCUCUGGAGGCUCCGAUUAAAGUUGAAAAAAAAUUGAACGUCAAGCAGGAGGCCGACAAGCAGCAAGAAAAGAAGAUUAAAAGUAACGAUAUCACGAGUUAUUUUUCGGUGAGACGUUCUGUUAGAAAGACGAAAAAGGUCGUUUUGGAGGAAAAGCAAAGGAUUCUGGAGGAGGCUGUUAGGGGUGGGAAGCAAGAUGGCCUAAAGGUUUGCGAUUUCGAGGGCAAAGGCCGAGGCGUAAUCGCCACCAAAGACUUUGAAAAGGGAGAUUACGUAAUCGAAUACGCCGGCGAACUCAUAGACACUUUGGAGGCAAAAAAACGCGAGGAACAGUAUGCGCAGGACCAAACCACCGGCUGCUACAUGUACUACUUCAAGCACAACGAGCAGCAGUACUGCAUCGACGCUACGGCGGAAUCGGGAAAACUCGGCCGGCUAGUUAAUCAUUCGCGGUUUGGCAACCUCGCCACAAGAACGAUAAUGCUGGGUAGCAAACCGCGUUUAGUUCUCAUAGCCAAAGACGAUAUCAAAGAGGGCCAAGAGGUACUCUACGAUUACGGUGACAGAUCCAAGGAGUCCUUGAAACACCACCCCUGGUUGGCCAACUGAACAAAAAAAAAAUUAUAAACUUUGUACAUAGUGUUUUACUCCUCGGUUUAUUUUGACUACCUACGCAAUUUUUAGGACCAAAAAUGUCUACUGUACUUUUAAAUUUAGACAUGGUUUUCUAAAAAAAUAUCAGACUGAUAAUAGAAUUUUUUUUAACGUGCAACUCGAAUGUUACUUUAGUCUAGAAGUGCACAAAUUAUGACAAAAAAUCGAAAUAUUUAUAUUUUUUGUUCACUAAUAUGUCCAAAAAUGUGGUUUCAUUUCUAUCUCGUAAAAAUUACCGAAAUUAGGCAACCCACUACACAGACUUUAACGGCGGCCAUUUUUAUGUCGCUUGCAAUUCUUGCGCUUUGGGUUUUUACUGUUUAUACAGAUUAAUAAUCGUUUUAAAUGUUGUCUUCUUUUGUAAAAAAUAAACCUUAUUUUAUCAAAUGUCAAUUUUAAGGUAAUUUUAUCAUACCCACAAAUAAAAAAAAAUUAGGAUAUUUUGAAAGAUUUGUAGGUAUAUUUUGGCUAUUUCGAAAAUUUUCAAAAAUGUCGAUUUUGGAUAGUUUUUAAAAAAAUUAAUUUCGAGAUUUUGGAAAUUUUACAU